UUUUAAAUAGUGGGAUACAGACAACUUUAAUCAUGGUCACUGCUUGAAUAUUUUUUCACGUUAACGUUCGAGUUAGUUGAAAACAGGUUGUAGUACAUUUACACGGUGUAUUAUUUGUGCAUGAAAUUCCCACUUUCGUUAUCUGCUUGAAAAAUAACGCGUGUUAAUUUUAUCCCAAUUUUUUUCUUCUUUACAUUUUCUCAUUCAUCAUGUUGAUAUGAAAUAGUAUACUUUUUUUUCCCUCUAAAUUCUGGAAAACGUCAACUCAAAAGGAUGAUAAUACGCGACAUAUGUUGAUAAAUUCGCGGAUAAUGAAAAACUUUCAGACAAUUUUGCAGUUGAAAUCAUGGCUAAUUUUGAUAAUAUGUGCAUCUUGUAUUCGGUGGGCAGAUUCAAUAAGAUUCAAACCAUCUCCAUGUCCCGGAAAAUUCAAAUAUGAAUCAACAACGAACGAUGAUCGUUGGUACGGAGAUAUUACAUUCCCAGUCAAUACGACUAUCGACGGGUCUACCAUUCGAAUAGAAUUAGAUAGACCAUCUCAGCUUUUGGUAACCACAGGUGGACCUAUCACAACGAAAGACAAUCAGGUCUACUUCAUCACUCAUGACAAUGUCGUGUUAGAAAAGGGCUCGACGUAUAAAUUAAUUUUUAUGGUGAAAUUUGAUAAAGAAAAUGAGGUCCCAAUGUUGGCAACUAUCCAUUUCAACGGUCAAAGGAUAUGUCCUCCUGAUCUAGUCACCCUAUCCUUAGGAGGAGGAAAUGAUUAUUCGAGUUCACGCCCGGAUAUAAAAGCUACAGCACCUACCGAUGUUCUUUCUGAUAUCGAUAAAAAACAAAAAAAUCCAACCACCAAAACCACGACUCGGGCCACAUAUAACAACAACGGUGGCGAUACCGACUACUUUACUGAAAAUUCGAAUAUAAUAAAUCGAUCAACAACUAGUAGAACUCCAAUUUCAAAUUCGAAUAAUUUCGGAGGUAGUAAUAGUGGAAAUCAAGGCAGCACUGGCUACAAUCCGAAUAGUAAUUCGAAUAAUUAUGGCGGCGGUAGUACCAAUGGAAAUCAAGGCAGCAAUAGUUACAAUCCUAAUGGUAAUACAAAUAAUUACGGUGGAACUGGCAAUAAUGGAAAUCAAGGUAGCAAUGGUUACAAUCCUAAUAGUAAUUCGAAUAAUUACGGCGGAGGAAGCAAUAAUGGAAAUUACGGCAGCGGUGGUUACAACCCCAAUACCUCGAGUAACUCCGGCAGCAAUAGUAAUGGCUUCAACAACAACAACAACAACAACAAUCAAAAUCAAGGAAAUAACGGGUUUGGCUCCAGCAAUUCGAAUAAUUACGGGAAUAACGGUGGUAGCAGCUUAGGAAAUAACAAUAACGGGUUCAAUACUGGGAAUCAAGGCACGUUCGGUGGCAAUUCCGAUAACAUUGGUUCUAAUAGUAAUUCAAAUCAAGGAAACAAUGGUUUCAAUUCUGGGAACUCGAAUAAUGGUUUCAACACUGGUUCAGGUGGAGGUAGCCAGGGAAAUAAAAAUCCAAAUCAAGGUGGAGAUGAUAUUUUCAACAACGGGGGCAGCACUAAUAAUAACGGCGGACGACCGAAUAUAGGAAACGAAGCAACGGUCAGCGGCGAAGUAGCUUGCGGGACCGUUUCUAUAGCUAAUCCUUUGAUUACAUUGGCUCAAAAUUCUGAAUAUGGACAAUGGCCUUGGCACGUAGCAUUGUUCAUGAGAGAUGAAGUAAACCCGUCAAAGUCAUCUUAUAUCUGUGGUGGAUCUCUCGUUUCGAAAAAUAGAGUAAUUACAGCCGCUCAUUGCGUUUCGCUGUCAGGAAAUAGGAUUGUCAAUCCUAAUUCCCUAACUGCCUACAUGGGUAAAUAUAAUAUUAACACCGAUGAAAGUACCUCCCAAAAAAGAACGGUGAGCGCUCUCAAAGUUAAUCCGGAAUACAAUAAAGCUAAUUUUCACAACGAUAUCGCUAUUUUGAGUUUGAAAGACGAUGUCGAAUUUACAAAUUAUGUUCGACCUAUAUGCCUUUGGGAAUCAACCGAUGGGGUUCAAGACGUCGUGGGACAAAAUGGAAUAGUCGUCGGAUGGGGUUACAAUGAAUAUCAACAACUUAAUCAAGAACUUAAACAGGCCACUAUGCCGAUUGUUUCGACUGAAAAAUGCGCUCGAAGUGAUCCACAAUUUUUUUCAGAAUACGUUUCUGAUAACGCAUUCUGCGCCGGAUCUUUAAAUGGAACGGGCCCGUGUAAAGGUGACAGCGGUGGUGGAUUAGUAUUGAAACGUAAUAAUUCGUGGUAUUUGAGAGGAAUUGUAUCGGUUUCAGCAGCGCCUAAAAAUGGAUCUGUAUGCAAUAAUCAUCAUUACAUUGUUUUCACGGAUACGGCUAAAUAUACCGAUUUUAUUAAACGAAAUAUUUGAUGAACGAUUUGAUGCGAAUUGUGAUAAUUUUUUUUAUUUUAAAUAGUAAACAUUAACAUUUUAUACAUUCUACGUACCUAUGCAUUUGAAUAAACAUUAUUUCAUUAGGCCUCAUUACUUAGUCAAAAAUUAUUACUUGUAAGUAUGUACUUGUCUUUUACAAAUUAUAAAAAUCGACAAAUUUAAUUUUUUCAAAAUGUAAUUUGACUCGAUAAUAAAUGAUUUUUAACAGACAAUUUUUUGCCCUGAUUCAUAAAAUAUAGAUAAGGCUUUGUCGUUUUGAAAAGACGUUUUUGUGGUACAUCAGGUACAUGUAUUUGUAUUUAGUGAACUUUUCUGAUUUCUUCAAUUUAAAAUUUCUCGCAACAACUGAACAAUUUUUUCCUCUCCUCCCCUUUCCUUCGCAUUAUAACAUUUUUGUUGUUUCAUUCAAGUACAAAUUGAUUACUGUCUGCAAUUAAAUAAUUCAUACAUUUCUGCA